UCCCCCAUGACUAGAAAUCCUGUGGUUAAAAUAACACAGCCUCUAUUCAGAGCACAAACUUAGAGCCGCUAGCUGAAGCAGACUUGGGAUUUACAGAACUCUCAGCAGAUGAGCCUGUUAGGGUGUUUUGUUUUUUUUAUCCUAUUUCUGAUCCACAAGAGGAAGCUACGAUCUCUCCAAUUUGCAUUCAAGGGAUGAAAUAUAAUGUUCCAAGGACUGUUUGAAGAAGUACAUUCACAGUAUUGAAAUGUAUGAAGUCCACCUGGCCCCACCUCUCUGCAGCUCCCCCAUAGUGUAGACCAUGAAGGAUGGCUCCUUGGUCUGAAAUCAGUGGCUGCACCAUCUGAGAACAUGUGAUGGAUCCUGCUGGAGAGAGGUUUCCAGUGGCACAGCUCUGAUUGAAACCAGUGCAACAUGUUCAGUGUCGAGGACCUCUUGAUUUCUCAUGGAUACAAACUGACAAAAAACCCUCCUGCUUCAUAUGAGAACAGAUAUGAUGGAUACCGUCAUGAAAUUGUAGAGAACAGAUCUGCUCAUGGAACAGUGAAUGGAUUUCAGAGAGAACCUGGAGCCUGCGCUUACAACAAGAAACUGGUGGCCAAAGGUAACUUCUGCGACAGUGAAGGCUAUCACAGGAACCAAGGGAGACAGGCAGGUCCUGGCUACUACCAUGACUUCAAGGGUUUGUCCACUUUUCCUACUUCAGAAGGGGGGAUAUAUGAAAAACCUCAGUUAGCAUGGUCUUCUCAGCCCAAGACUGAUAAAGAUCUUGCCUACUGGAGAAGAAGAGGACAAGACUUUAGUGUAUUGCUGGGUUAUUCUGACAAAGGAGACUCUGAAAUGAAAGGAUUGGCACCAACCCAUGGGCUGCACAGACAUACUAAAGAAAGUCAGCUGGAGGUAGGUGCAGGAACAGAGUAUGUGGCAAGAAGCAGUUUGCAGGACAGCUGUAAAGUGCCUGGUGAUUACAAAUGGCAGAGUUUAAGAAUGGAAAGCUGGAAACAACCUCAAAAACUAGGAAGACAAAUGUCUGAUAAUGACAGAGAGAAACUGCUUCAAGAUCUAUACUCAUUUACCGUAGGAGAUAAUGGACUUAGUUCCCAUAACAGAGGGAAAUCACAAUCAUUGCCAAGAGUUCUUUCACCAGAGAGCCCGAGGGGUGUGGAAAUGCCCUCCCUGACAAAUAACAAUCAUUUACUUAGUGGAGCUAAAGCACCCUCUCAUCCCCCAAACAGAAUGACUUUGGAAUCCACAAAGUACCCUGAAACUGGAUGCCACUUUCUUCCUUUGGCCAAGCCCAAGUAUGGCAGACCCCUGAAACCUCCAUCCUAUGAACUGUACCAACAAACAAGAGCCUCUACAGAAACCAGUGGCUUUCAGAACCACCAGCAAAAAGAUGAAGCAGUUUCCUAUUUAGCCAAAGUUAAUGAGCCACGGCAAGAUGUUUGCAUUCAAGACUGUAACUUGGAGCCCCCAGUCUAUGUACCUCCUCCAUCUUACAAAUCUCCACCUCAGAGAAGCAUGAAUCAGCAUUCCCAUAAUGACGUGCCUAACUAUGAUGUGUACUUCAAUAAUGAACAACAGCAUCCAUCAGACAGGCUUGUUGUCUGUCACCAACCAUCUACCAGUACAUUUGAGAUGGCAGGUGAACACCGCAAAGAGGAACACCUUCCUCAAGGAAGACAAAGCCAUUCUAAGCGCAUUGAUGACUACAUGAGUUCUGUUCAGUAUAUUCCUUUUGAUGAUCCUCGAAUACGGCAUAUUAAAAUAGCACACCCAGAGAGUCUCCAGGACAAUGCUAAACACACCAAAAAUAUACAUAGGGCCAGUCCCAGUACUUUGCAGGAGGGACCUCUCAAAGUACAAUAUGAUAGUGCCUUUUUGGAAACCUCAGACUUAUCAAAUGCUGUAAAGGGUGAAAGAACAUCAGACGGCUCCAUCCAUAACAGCAAGUGGUUGGCAGCAUCCUUUAAAGAUCAGGAAAAUUGUGCCUUGCCUGACCAAAGAGACAGUUAUACUACAAGUAAUCACAUUCCCAAUAAUGAAACGAAUAAGGAAUACACAAAAGGCAAACUUUCUGUAGGAAACCAGCAUAUGGAUAACACCUGUGAGACUGUUACUAAAGUUAAAAAGUUUGAACCUGGAACUGGGGUGCAAAGCAAAAGGAGUUCAAAGAAAAAAAUGAAUGAAACUAUAUUUUGCUUGGUCUCUAUCCCAGUUAAAUCUGAAUCAAAUUUGCCAGAUACAGAUAGGAACAACAACUUAACAGACAGCCCUGAUAAGAACGGGUUUGAUAACAAUGGGGCCUUGCAAGAACAAAGUCUAUUAAGCAUGUCUUCAACUGACUUGGAGUUACAAGCUCUCACAGGAAGCAUGACCAAUAAAAAUGAGUUACAAAAACAAGAGCUGUGGAGACCAGAGGAGUUCAAACAAAUGAAUGACCUCAGAUUUAUUCAGCCUACAAAACACAGGGAACUCAAAUACUCUGGCUCUUGGCCAGGUGAUCAGUACAAAGACCAGCAGACACAGACCAAUUUCACUGAAGGAACUAAAAGCCCUCAAUUUUUCCAUGGCACAAAGCCUGGUGAACCAAAUAAUAAGUUGACGACUCCAAAAUUCUUAGGAAGUGUGGCAUCUGUAACAGGGUUAAAACAGGCAGAGUUGCCUCCGGAUGAUAGAAAAUGUAGGCAGAAUGCAUACAACAUAAAAGGCCAAAUGUACCUCAGUCCAUCCAGCAAUAGUGCAUUUUCAAGGACUGCCACCUCAGUAAUUCAGGUUCCUUCACCAAAGGCAUGCCAGAACCAGCCAUGUGGGUCCUUCACAACCAUGGCUGGACAAGAGAGGGAAGCUAGCACAAGUUUCAAAGGUGAUUUGGUCAAGGGAGAAGCAAGUGCUCCCUGCAACAGUAGGGAGCUGUUUGGUCAGUUUCUCUUGAAACCUGUAAGUCGCCGUCCCUGGGAUGCAAUAAGUGAGUUAGAAAGUUUUAACAAGGAGCUUCAAGGACAGGAAGAGAGCACUAGUAGUGAAGAUGGUGUGGAGAAUGAGGAGAAGACACAGCAGGACACCAUUCCUGAAAAGAUGGGGACUUCACCAACUCAUGAAUUGGGCCAGGAAGUGAGACCUGGUAAGCAGCUAAAAACAGUUGUGCCAGAGGUUCCAAUAUUUAAACCAGGAAGAGUCAAAAGUAAGUCUGAAAGUUGGAGUACAGGGACUGAGUGGGGGGAUCAGCAUGCCCAUGUUGGAUCACAAUGCUCCUUGCAUCCAAAAGAAAUCAGUAAAUUAGUCAGGCCAGCAGAUGGAAGUGUCAUAACAGAAACAAGAAAUAAUGAAGCCAGAAGUAAAACAAACCAACAGUUUGGUCGUGCAGGCCUUGUCAGGAGAGCUCUGUCCAGUUAUGCAAGCCAGAGUAAUCCUUUCAAUCAUGCUGACUCAGAGGAGGUGAAUGAAGAUAGAACUUACACAGAUUUUGUAAAACUAGACAAAAGUGCAGUUCUCAGAAGCAAUAACGCUUUAGAGAAAGGUGCUACAGUACGAUUGUCCUUAACUAAUAGAAAUCAAGGUCACUCUGAGCCAGAUUUAAGGUCUGUGGGACUUGACAUCAGCUCUGAGCCUUGUAUUAACAAAUUUGAAUUUUCUUCAGCUGAAAAUGCAGCAGAGAUUCCUCAAAAUGAGUCUCUGCAGGCAAGAGCAGCAAGAAUCCUGGGUAUAGAGGUAGCAGUGGAGUCUCUUAUUUCCAGCGACAGAGCUGGGCUCCACCAACCCACCAGCUCUGAAAAUGGUGUCCAUGACUUUGAAUUACCAAUAGGGAGAACUUUAGAUGAUACAGUAGAAACAAAAGAUAGCUCCUAUGAGAGCAGGCGAAAGUGUGGUUGGACAAAAAGCUCUCUCUUUGUUGGAGAUAGGGACCCCUCUUUGUGCACAUAUCAGAGCAUUGACCAAGAAGCCAGUUCUAAAAUGCUGAUAACUGAGCCGAGCUUUGAACAGUACAAAAGUGUUGAACAAGAUGCGGAUCAAAACCUGCCUUGCAAAUCUGUUGCUUAUCAGCUUGCUGAAAGAAACAUGAUUAUCCCAAGCUCAGAAAAGAAAGUCAGAAGCACAUCUAAGGUGAUCGAGACAUUACAAGGCAAACUAACUUCUCCCCCUAGCCGAACCGUCAUGGAUCGUUUGGUGCGAAUGAAAGAAGUUGACUCAGUUUCCCGUAUGAGGCGUCUGAGCAUCAAAAGCGCAGAUUCAGGAGAAGACAUGGAUGAGGAGAAACAAUCCAGGUUACAAGAGGAACGAGGGAGCAAAAUGGUGACCACAGGUGCUGUUUCCAAAUGCGUUAUCUCUCUCAAUGAAAAUGGACACUUAACUGCAGCAGGCAAGAAGAUUGACAAAGAUUUUUGUUUCGAUGCAUAUGAUCCCACAAAAGUCGAAAGAGUGUGAGAUGACGCAGAUGAGAAUAAGGAGACUCUUGCUCCACCAAGAAUGUUUUGCUGAUGUUGCUGUUUUUAACACUUGGAAACUGCCUCCAUUUGGUGUUUAUGGUGUAUUGAUAAAGUCUUUACCAUUGCCAGUAGGGACAUUAGUUAUUCAUACAAAACUUUUUUGUGGACAUCACAGAAAAAUCUGAUUCUUACAUUGGGACCAUCUGGUUUUUGUAUCAUUAAGACUUAAUGCCUACACUUGGCAAAGUGUUUUCAUCUAAACUAUGUUUAACAGACUUCAGCUGGGAUGGUAAACUGGAUGAAGUCAGGCUUCUGAGCUUGUUCCUCUGUGUAAACUUAAAUGUGGGAAAUUAGUACAAUGAUUUUUAAAAUAAUGUGAAUUUAUAAGCUAAACUUACGAAUCCUUGAAGCCUAAAUCUUGUUUAACUUGAGGGAUCUUUGGCCAUGAGACUUGAGUCAUGAGUGCUGCUGCACUGAGCGGGGAGGAAUUUUAGUGAGAAUGCAGGACAAUGAGAAUGAAUAUUGACUGACUGUGAAAUCCAUUUGGACUUCCAAAGUUUGAAAUGACUUUGACUAAAUACUUACUGGCCACAUGUAGAGAAAAUAAAAGCCAAAACCCCAACGCUCCUAAAAGAUCAAGACUUUUGUAGUAUAGUGUAAUUGCAGUAGCAGGCAACUGAUAUUUUGAACCAAUGCAAACUAUACCACUGGCUGUUUUGCACUCAGUAUUAUCUAUUUUUGUUUCGCUGUUUAGAAAUUCUUUAUAUGACAAAAUAAUAGCUGGUUUAAAAUAGCCCAUUUUAACAAAGUAACUAUAUUUCUUGUUACAGAAUACUGUCUAUUUUUCUACGAUGUAAACAAUUGCUAAUGAGUGGCAAGUAUAAAGAAGUAUUAUUAUUAUUAUAUUUUAAGAAGAAUUAUCCUUUUGAGGGAAGAUAACCCAAGGAGGGUCCCUUGCAUAUCUUAAUGAACAUUCCAUAUAGCAUCAUAUCCAGUACUGUUACUUUCUUUUGUUGUGAAAGGAGCAAUCUAUCUAUCUACAGGCAUAUGUAUGUAUUAAAGGGUUAAUUUCUAUAUCCUUUUCCCUUCAACGGCUGGAUAGUUCUUUUUGGAGCAGCUCUUCUGAGAACACAGCUGAACGCCGUCUGUGCUGGUGUUGCUGCCAUAACAUUCCACUGACUAUAGUUACCAAAAAGUGGUUUUGGAUCCCUGUCUCAGUGUCUCCAAGCAGCUCUGAUAAAAUACCUGGGUACAUUUCUUACAUUUUUUUUACAUGGUGUGGUUUUGGGUUAGGCUAGUAUUUGAAAAUAAAUCAAUCGGGACCAAAUCUAAUCUCUGAAGUCAGUGAACAUCACUGGAGGAUGAGAUGGAUUUUAGAUCAUUUUGGUGAGACAUUCAAAUAUAUGGCUUUUUAAAAAUAUAUUUUGCAAAGUAUAAAGCCUCUACAUUCUGCUCUUGAAGUAACCAGCGCAACACUUGUUGUUGGAAAGCCUUCAUGUCAACUUCUGCAUGAUUUUUCUUUUUUAAAUGCUCUUGUUUGCUAACAUUCUUUUGAUGAUUUAUUUAUGUUUCAAGGGGUUUUUUUUCUUUCCUUUUUAGUCUUAUAGAACAACCUUAUCUCCUAGAUGUUUCAGAUUCCUGAAAUGUUGGGCUUGGGUGGUCUGCAGUUUGGCAAAAACAGAAAUAUAUAUAUUUCAGAAAUAUAUAUAUAUAUAUAAUGCUUUGGCAGCAAAAAUUCUUAUCUGUAACACAUGGUUCUGUUACACUUGAAAUAUUUUAAGUUUGUUAUAUUAAAAGAAAAUUCAGUUUUUUAUAAUUUAUUUUAUUGAAUCUUGUACACUUUCUCCAGCUGUACUCAUUAACAUUCUGUAUCUAUAAAUCUUACCUAUAUCGAUCCUACUUUUAAACUCUGCCUUUUUUGGUUGUAGAUCUCUAAUAGGGUGCAUUGUCGACUCAGAACCAAACAGCAGCCAAGGUCUGUGUUAGUAAUGGUGACAUUCCCUAUAGUUCUCUAAGCAAAAAUUCAUACUCCACUAUUCAAUGAGCCACUUGAUCAUUUGAUUUCAGUGAUACCACCAAAUUGUAAAGCCUGGGAAUAACUUGAAGGUUUCAAUUUACACUUCAGUUUCUGAAGAAUUUUAAAUUUUCAUCUAUUGCCAAUCCAGCUACAUUCAGCUUAUGUCUUUAUGGGAUAAUCAGUUAUUCUGGCAGUUUUGAAGAUGAGAGGGAACAACAGUUUUUACAACACAUCUGUUCUAUAAAUCAUAGAAAAAAUUAAAUACCAAAACAUGUAAACAGCUAAGAUCCUAAAGAAACAUAAGCAAAAACAUUAGCAGGGAAGGUUUAUUACCUAAGUCUGUAAAAUUAACAUCUAGAGAGCAAGUUCAUAAAGCUUGCUUUAUAGCAGUUUGUGACUGGAAGAAGAAAUGCUAUAAAAUACAGUUUAUCUAAUAACAUUAGUCACUUCCUUUCUCACUAAGUCAGCAUGUUCAGAUCUAUAUUCUAGGAAAGAGGUGUUGAACUUAGCUUGUGCCCUGGGCAAGAUCCAGGUUGCAGGGCUCCCUGUGGGGCAGAUCCAUCCCAGGGCAUGCAGCAGCAACAGCUCUAGCUCCAACCCAGGGUACACACCAUUGGCAGUGGCAGUGGCACCUGGGCUUCAGCAUAGAGCACAUGACAGCCCCAGAUUCUGCAGUAAGCCAUGCCUCACAACAUCUCAUGGCCUGCCAAUAGCCUGGCAGGCUGGAUUUAGUAGCUGUCCAGGCCAGACCCAGCUUGCAGGUCCGUCCUAUGUUUUACACUCCUCCUCUAGAACAUGCAGUUUAUUAAGAAAACAUGGUCCAGUGAUUGUGUGGUACAGGUGUCAGUGUUAAGAAAGAAUGUCUGGGAUAGAACCAGAGCUGGCACUUUAGGUGAGUAACUGCAUUUGGCAAAAUUUCCUUGGAGUUAACAAUCAGCAACUUUUUAGAUAUUUUGAGGAAAUUUUUCAUAAAAGCUGAAUGGAUAAUAUAGUUUCCCUCUCAGGCCAUUUCUAGUGGGUAUGUACAACUGUUGCUGUACAUAACAAUAACUGGAAUUAGUGGUGGUUAUUCAGAAAAUAGGACAAGGUUUGAGUGGAGAUGGAGAAUAAGGGUUGCCGGACACCUUUUAUAAUCCUUGCACCAGUGCCUUAGAAGGGUGCAAAAUACUACCAAAUCAAAACAGCAGUAGAGAAUCAGGUACUGAAUCUUCUUCAGUGUAAGUGGUACCUUCAAGUCAUGGCUGAAGUACAGUUAUGGAAGAAGCAGAGGAAGCUUAUGCUGUUGCCACCCCACUGUAUCCAGUCCUCAGGUUAACAGGGUAACAGACUUCUCUUGGAUGGUCAACCUGGUAGCUUUUGUGAGCUUGCCUUUUGCAGGUGUGCCCCAAAAUGCAUGGAAUUACUGCUACUUGAAAAAAAAAGGGGAGACAGUUCCGGAGGUUGAGAGUGAAUUAGGAAACCACCAUCUUUUUCCAUUUCCCUAUCAAUCUUCAGUAUGCAAAAUCAGUCCAGGGAAUUAACAGUGUUCAUACCACUCAGUGCACUAACUCCACUUCCAGGGUUCCAGAUAGGGUUGGACCAAAAUCCUGGGACACCUUCCUUCUGUCAGAGGAUGACAAGCAAGUAGUGAGCUUCUGGUGGUACUUUCUCUAUUUCUUUGUGUUGUUUACUGCCCUUGCCAACCACCAGUGAAGGGGAAUCACUCAGACCCCUAUCUUGCAGAAGGGUUCUAAGUACAAAGCCUGGAUAUGCAAAUGAAGUCCCAGUGGUGUCAAUGGGAUUUUCCAUAGGCACACAAAUACGCUCACAGAGAUGCAUGCACAGGGUGGGAUUCAUCUGAGCUUUCUAUUUUCCUUAAAAGAUUCUUUAGUUUCCUAAUGCUGACUACACACCUUGCCAGAGGGAUGAAUUCAGAUGAGGAAAGUGUGGCCUUGAUUAAGGAAUGAGCGGAGGCCUGUGCUUAAGUUCCAGUCAUGGCUGAAUAGAGAAGGAUUGCUGAAUUGAGCUUUUUGAGAGUGGGAGGGGUCUAUUAAUAGAUAAAACACGAUUGAAAUACCCAGCGAUGUACUUGGGUAAGCACUCACCCAACCAUUAAAUUAACUCAGAGCAACCUUUCUAGGAGUAAGAAAGCACACAGUAUUUCAAAGCAAAAGUCAAAGUAGAUCAUAUUGGCAGGGUAACUGUUAAUUCAGAUCAUUGUCUCUUAUAUGCAUCCCACCUGGCUCCCUCAGUUUAAACCCAGAGAUCAGACAUACAAGUAGUACAAAAUACAUUAGGUGCAAGUACUUUAGGCACUGCAGCAUGCAACGAUCCUUGAAGAAAUUGGUUGUUUAUAGUAUGUGUUUAGAAUGUUCAAAUUAUAAAAAAAUAGUGUGUCAAGUUUGUGCCUCAUUGAAAAUAACCAGUCUGGCAGAAUUAUUUCUGUAUAAAUAUUUGAAUCUAGUAAAAUGCUUUUGCUUGUUUAAUCUUGCAAUCCAAUGUUAAUAUUUAGGGUCAGUGUUCUGUUGCCUUAGAAGUACAUGCACCCUGAUGAAUGAUGGUGCUCUAAUGCUGAAAUUACUGCUGGGAUUAGAAAGUUAACUUUUUCUACACAUAUCAUCCAUUCAAUGGAAUUGGGGGAAAGGAGAAAGAAAGAAAGAGAGAGAGAGUGCAGGUGGGGAGAAGGUAAACCCUGUUGCAUUACUAAUUCUCUAUAAUAAAAGUGUCUUGAUUUGGGUCACAACGUCCCAGAUUCAAGAUCUCCCAGUUUAAACUACUAUAACUGGGAACAGAAUCUUUUCCUGAUGGGAUCUAUCAGACCAAAGAGGUGAAUGAAGUAACAAGACAAAAUUGUAGGGCAACCUAUGUUAACUGUUAUGGAGAGACUUGGUAAACUGUUUAUGAACCCAUGGCUUCUGCCUUCUAGGGUACUGGCUUUUUUUAGGCUAGGCUCAGCUGCCAUUUGACAGUUGGGUCAUCAUACCAUCAUCCUUAUUUAUUGAUGUAAGCCUUACUCACAUGAGUAAUGACAGAGCUUUUAUUAGGAUCAACUGGAAGAGUAACAAUUUAGAAAAACCAUAGGUCAGCAGUUCUCAAACAUGGGGAUAUGUGGUAAACACAUAGGCAUACAAAAAGGAAGAAUUGGAAAACAGAAGAAAAGAAAGUGAAAAAAUAAGUGGAGGACAAGGAAGGAAAAAAAGGAAGCAUAAUUCUGCAGUAUCUUUUAGUUGCUGAAGAGGCUAUGAUAUGGUUGUGGAGGCAAAAGUGUUACUUUUUUAUUAUCUAUAACUCAGAAUCAUAGGUCUACACAGCAUUAUAGCAAGUUUAAAGGGUGUGGCCGAAAGAUAUUUGAGACCUACUGCUGCAAGCAGGGGAGAAAUUGUUGAACUCAUUGGAACACUUGAGAAAGUUAAAUGAUUAUAAUUUUAGUUGUGAUUUAAUCUAGUUGCAACUCGCAUGCAAAUAUUCACCAAAAUCCUCAUUGCAGGAUCUAAAUAAAAGCUGUUUCUCAUCAUCUCUACUGAAAAAAAAAAAGUUUGGAGCAGAAAAAGACAAAUCCUGCAAAACCCAAAUCCACAACAUUGCCUCCCACCCAGGCUAAAAAUAUGUUUGCAACAUGUCCCAGGGCUGGACUGUACAGGGAGGAUGAACAUCAGAAUUGGCUAACACAUUGCAGAGAUUAGAAAUAAAAAUUAAAUUUACCAGCCAGAGAAACCACAAUAACAUGCAGAUUAUAAAAUAAAUGAGGAACUUUCCACCGUAGAUGGCAGGAAACGUAGUCAUCUAAAUCAUGACUGGCUAAGAAAAUAACCAGAACCCAGAAACUGUUCCUAAACUGGAAGGAAAACAAGAAGAUAUGAGCUUUAGACAGCAUGCACAUAUCCUUUUGCUAUUAAAUACAGCAGCUAAUUUUUUCAGGAAGAUCUUCAACAUAUUUUUCUCCAUCAUCCACAAUAAGUCAUUCCCAUGGAUCUCUGCUCUGGGCAGCCCAAGGGAUGGGGUUGGGGUGGAGUAGUUCACAGGGAUGAAAGAAGGCAGCACGUACAGUAAGCAGCUAUAGGAAAAAAUUGUGUCAUAUCACAGGAUGAAUGUCUUCAAGAACUUCUUUGAAAUUUUCUGUACAAUGUAAAUAUCCGGUUUCUGUAAAUGGGGGGACACUGCUGUCUAACAAUAAAUAUUCUCCAAAUAAAGGUUUUGCA